AUGGAUACAAACGCUCACGGCUCAAGACGAGACAGUCGCCAGCCAUUAUCAUCUCUUACUAGACAAGGAUGGCCCCGAUUGCCUCCGUCAUACGCACCUUCGGUAGGCGAUUCAGGCCGCUCGCACGGCACAAGCAGGCGCCGCCACGAGUCCACAGCUGGCAGAUUGGAUACGGUACAUCGCUUGGUGUCUCUAUACCAAAUAAGUGGAAACCCGCCACCCGAGUCACCUGAAGACCAGCCCACCGACCUUGGCUCUGGCUCUGGCUCUGGCUCUGGUCCUGUGCUCACGCAGCCGGUUCUCGUCACAGCGUAUACUAGACCUGCGCAGGUCGCAAAUCGUAAAUUAUCCGCCAUGUCACCGCGGCGCUUGUUCUUCUUGAACGGGUCAAAGACCUCGGCUCCUAAUCCACCAGAUCUACCACUUCCAACGGAUAAGGAUUUUAGCAUCGAGAGUAUAUUGCAGGCCAUCGAGCCUGAUAUACGCGAAACACUCGACACCAUUGCCGAGAUCUGUGGAAGAAGCAAGCUGAGUCUUGCCAAUGAAUAUGGCAGUCAUAUUGCACCUCUCGGGGAAAUUCGAGCUCCUGCAGGCGGCCUAGUUCCCGUUGAAGAAGUUAGCCCGAGUGAUGAACGGCAAGCCGAUGAGGGUGUUCUCCUCUUUGACAAUAACCCCGAUCUCACGGAUGCUGAUCAAAAUCUUCAUCCAUUCUCCUUCUACCGGUAUCUUGAGAACCUCCGACAGGCUGCCUCUGCGCUUGAACGACGUAACGAACCUGGCUCGACGUUGCCAGAAACGCAAAGCAAUGCACCUGCGGCGUUAAUAAAUCAGUUAGUCCCUGAACUAGAAACAACUCCAUCAUCUGCAACUGUCACUCGUGAGUGCAUAUCGAAAUCGAAAAACUCUAGCCGAAGUCUGCUGGCGAAACGUGUUGCUGCAAAUCCCUCUCAAAAAGUUGUUACCCCAGCUGUUGUUUCGGAGAUGCACUUGGAGGCUCAAGAUGAUGACGUCCGCCUGGAGACCGAAUCUUGGUCCUUUCCUACAAACCCUACUCUCUCCCCUGAUUUUCCCGCCAAUGCUCGUCGGAAUAUAUUGGAAGCUGUUCGCUUUUUACUUAGUUGGUUAAGAUGUGCUCGAGCGGAUGGGCCAGGUUCUAUCCAAUCAGCUGAAAGCCGGUUAAGAGCGAUGCUGGACCGACCAACUGCUAGCAGCACUGCUUCUCCAGCUACGUAA